AUGGCACCGAAGAAGGUUGAACCCAAGAAACCAGAGCCUAAGAAACCCGAGGCUAAAAAAGAGGAGACUCCAGCACCUGCUCCUCCUCCAGAGCAACCCAAAGAACCUCAGAUUGACCUGAAAAGCAUUACCCUGGAGUUUACUCCUGAUCAGAUCGAGGAGUUUAGAGAUGCCUUUACCUUGUUUGAUGAAACACCAACAGGGGAGAUGAAGAUCCGGUAUGCCCAGUGCGGAGACGUCAUGAGGGCUUUGGGCUACAACCCCACCAAUGCUGAUGUACAUGUUGUGCUGGGGAAGCCCAAGGCAGAGGAGAUGAACAGCAAGAUGCUGGACUUUGAAACCUUCCUGCCCAUGCUGCAGCACAUCUCCAGGACCAAGGACCAGGGCACCUUUGAGGACUUUGUGGAAGGACUAAGGGUGUUUGACAAGGAAGGAAAUGGUACAGUGAUGGGUGCUGAGCUGCGUCAUGUCCUGGCCACUUUGGGAGAAAGGAUGACGGAGGAAGAAGUGGAUCGCCUCAUGGUGGGACAAGAGGAUGCAAACGGCUGCAUCAACUACAACUCAUUUGUUGAGUACCUUCUGUCUGGGUGAGCUGGCUGUAGUGGUGGUGGAAUUCCUGGAUUGGCAGCAUUCA